AUGAGUGGUACAUUUAAGCCAAUACUUCCUACAGCCACUCCAAAAAGUUCUUCUCAUUCAACAACUUUUUCUAGCCAACAACACAAUCCAUUACCAAUUACCAUCACUUCACCAUCAAACAACACUUUUACUACUUCUCCUGCCUUUUCUAAUGCUGUUGUUUCUUCUUUUCUUGGAACCAAUUCUUCUCUUGAUGAUUCUUUUUCUUAUGGAACUGUUAUUUUUCCAAAUAAUUCUUCUUAUGAAACUAACUCUCAUGCUACCAAUUCACAAGCAGAUCAUAUUAAAACUGUCGAGACUGUUGAAGAAAGCACCCAAAAGUUCCAACAUCCCUAUUAUGAAAUGAGAGACAAGGCCAUGAUGAAAUACGAUGAGGAUAUGAGCUUCUACAACUCGCAAGUCCCAUCAUCACCACUGCACCAAUCACCAUUACAUCAAUCACCACCACCAUUAUACCAAUCACCACCACAUCAAUCACCAACAUCAUCGCCACCAUUAACAUUAAACCAAUCGCCAUUACAUCAUCAUCAACUAGUUGAUUUAGAACAUGAUGACUUGUAUAACCAAGCUCUAAAUGUUGCAAAAUCAAUUAAUAUUGACAACAAUGAUGAUGAUCUUUGGUAUGAAAAUGAUAUUCCAAAUCAAUUGCUUGGAAAAUCAGCAAUUGAUGAUGACAAUGAUUUAUUUGAAGAACUUGGGCUUGCAAAUACAAUUGAUGAUGAUGAUAAAAUUUUAUGCUAUGGGCAAGGAGAUGCUGUAGGUAAGCUUAAUAGAAUUACUGAUUCUGCACAUAGGCUCUGUGAUAUUGCUCAACGGGAAAAUAAUCAAUUGGCUCCACUUCAAUCACAAAGUAUUAAACCUUAUGAUGUUUAUGCAAAUGAGAUUGAUAGUGUUAUAAUUCUUGGAUUCCAUGACUAUUUAAACCAUACUCAAAAUCCAUCUACAAGCGAAUUACUUACAGAAGAACAAAUAGUCCAAACGGUCACCACUAAUAAUGAUGAACCAGACAGUGAUGAAGAGCCACAUCAAAUCAAUGAUAAGGAAGCACAAGUAUCUUUGAAUACCUUUCAUAGCUAUUUUGAACAAUAA